UUUCCCUAAUCGUAUACUUCCGCCUCUUUUAUUAUUUUUCCGCCUUAACUCAAAACAAUCCCUAAUUCUGAAGAGCUUCUUCAACAAUGGCGGAUUACCAGUCGCCGCGAGCAGAAACCAGCAGCACAACUUCAAUGAAGAGGAAGAAGAAGCGAAAGCUUCCUGACUCGGAGAUAAAGCAUGAGGAAAAGGCUUCCAAAUCAUCUCGUAACAUUCACUUUAAUGAUUCUGCAAACAAACCACUCCACACAAUGGAACUUCUAGAAGAUUCAUCUCCUCCUUGGAUUAAUUUGCAGCUACUUUUGUCACUUCAGAAUAAGAACAUAGAUGCUCAAAAGAAAGUGGAACUGGCAUAUGAUUAUGUGAAGUUGAGGCUUAAUCAAGUAGAAGAUGAGUCAACUCAGUCUUCUGAGGUUGUUAGCUUUGAAAGGGUAAUUAUUUUUCUCAACAAUUGGGUCCAGUCAACAUUAAUAUCUUCAGAGAAAAAGAUUAAGGUGGAUCAGUUAGGUGUAAGUGGGUCUUGUUUGGAUUAUAGAUGCUGGAAAGUUUUCAAGUUUUGUCUAGAAGAAGACACAAAACUACGCCUUUCGAUGAGUUUUUAUCGGGAUAUUUUAAAAGUUAUUAAUUGUAUUGUCAAGAACACGGAAGUAAAGGAUUUUAACGAUGAAGAGUUAGCGUUGUAUGAUACGGUUCUUGAUUGCGUUUCGUCGGUUUUCGUAUCACACGGGGGUGUUUUGAAUGAGAAUUUGGAUUUAUGGGUUUCGCUUGUUGGUACGGUUGUUGAGCUGGUUUUGAAAGUUAUUACCGAAAAGCGUGAAGAUACCAGGUCGAGCGUAAUCAUCUUGAAUUUGACAUGUUUAGUUCUUGAGCCGUUCGCCAAGUUCUUGAGGCUUCAUCCUAGUAAGAAAAGCGGUUUUCAUGAUUUUGUCGAUAGACUUUUAGAACCUUUGUUGUACUUGCUGCAUGUGACACACGAAUCUGUUAUUAACACUAAUCAUGUUUGGGUUCGUAAAUUGUUGAAGCUAAACGAAGAAGUUUUGUGUCAAGGGUUAUUUCACUCGUCACAUAUUGACGGUUUUCUGAGCUUACAGAGCUUAACAAAGUAUAAACUUUCUGACGAUGGAAAGCAGAAAGAUUCAAAAACGGUAAUUAAAAGUUAUCACCGACACUUGUUCGAUAAAUUAGGAAGAAUACUUGCGGAGAAGAAAGCUUUUGCAUUGUUCGGUGUAGGAGAGCUUUUUCGCUUGUACGUUCGUUGUAUCAAAAGGCAAGAGAGUGUAGAUGUCACCGAAGGUCGUUCAGAGCAAAGUCAACGUGUAUCGGCUUUAAGUUCGGAGAUUCGGAAGUCGCUAUUCGAUUUCUUUGUUCAAGUUACGGAACCCUUUUUAGGCGAUAUUGAUACGUACCUUAAAGACGGAAUGGAGUUAGGCUCUGUGUUAGAAGACGUUAACUGCACGCUAAAGUCCGUUAAUUCGGUUCUUAUCAGUUUAAUCGAAGAGGAAGUAUACGUAAGGGUGGAUGACACAUCUGAAGGGGCCUGUGGUAAUUUCUUGAAACUGAUUUGUGAUAAAAUAACGCUGCUCGCUUCUAAAUUAGGUCAAAUAGUGCCGUUGACUUUUGAUGUUAAUAACGGGAAACGUAAGGAGGUGGUGGAGAUGGCAGCCAAAGAACUUGUUUUAUGCGUAAACAAUUUACUGAAAAUUGAUUAUGACGUUCUUGGGAGUGAUCUGGAAAGUUUAUGGCUUUUGAUUUUUACGUAUGGGACCCUUGGACACGCUUUGACCGAUAUGCAGGAUACAUCGUCGGUUAUUUCGGAAAUCAUUCGUCUCGGAUGCCAUGUGGUUAACCUUUACAGUGACCUUCGUCAGGUGGGUACUUCUGUUUUUGCACUCUGUAAAGCAAUCAGGCGUUCGGUAUCAUCCGCAAGAGACAUCGAAGUUGAUCAUCCAGAAUCUUUUAGAUCAUCUUUAUAUCAUGAAUCAUGGACAAAUUCCGUGAGACUGAUAUUAUGCUCGCCAGAGUUACGGCUUUCUAUUCAUAAUGCUAUAAAAUCUAUACCCGAAGGGCAAGUAAGUUUGUGUAUUCAAGAAUUAACUACCGAUCUCUCUUCAUCCCUUGAAUGGAUGAAGGGUAAUCUAGGAAAUUCAUGUCAAGGUUUUAAAGCAGAGGUUCUUGGUAGUGGUUUAUCGGAAGUCUAUGCGUUAAUUUUGGAUUCGUUAAUGGUCACUUCUGGUAAUAGUAGUCUUGUUGGAGUUUCUUUAAACGAUUUAAUGACGGUUAUUCGACCUAUUCUGAGUGUUUUGAUUUCACAACAAGAGGACGGAGUUCACAAGUUUCUGUCGGAGGUUUCUGAAUGCAAAGCUGAAACGGCUUCCUCUCAUUGGAUUUUUGUUUUCUUUUUUCGUCUUUAUUUGUCUUCCCGAAGCUUAUACCGCCAGGCUGUCAGUCUCGCACCACCUACUACGUCUAAAAAGAUGUCGGAAGUGAUGCGAGAUACCUUCACAGCGUAUUCCGGAAACGAAUGGUUAGAAAAAACCGAAAAGGAUGACGGCUAUUUUUCUUGGAUUUCCGAAUCUCCGGUUUCGCUUCUUUUUGUUAUAGAAGCAAUUUCCGAUGUUUAUGAUAAAGAAAAUGUGGCGGAUAUGGAUAUUUCUCCUUUAACGUAUGUGAUGAAUGCUAUGGUUAUUCAAAGGCUUGUUGACUUAAACCGGCUGGUCAACUCGUACGAGUUUGUGAUCAUGAGAAGUGAAAACGAAGAUGGUAUUAACGAUAAACAAAAUAAACGGUUGCAAAAACGCCUUUCGAAGUUAACAGAAGAGGCAACGGGACUUGUAAACGUUAUGACGGGACACUUUUCUUUAUUGAAAAAGUGCGAACUUGAUUAUCCAAACGAUAUUGUGGUUGCUUCCAUAGAUAAGAAGUCAUUGCCUUGUGCAUUUUGGUGCAUUGUCUGCCAAAAUAUCGAUAUUUGGAGUAUGCAUGCGGCUAAGAAGAAAUUGAAGAUGUUUCUCUCGAUUCUUCUUCAAAGUUCGCUUCCAUAUGCAAGCAAUAGUUUCAAGAAAUUUGGAGAGUGUAACAAUGCUGUUAAAGCUUUGAACUUGAAGACGGUCACGGGUCGGGAGAUAUCGUUCGAGCUUCUCAGCAAUACAAUGUUAUAUGAGGAAAAAUUUGUUUGGAAGCAUAUGGCAUCAAGUUUUUGUAAGUUCCUGAAGGAGUUGGUGUCACCAUUAUUUUGUAACGGAGUCGAUAUUGAAUUGCAAGCACAUCCUAACUGGCCCGACGUGUUGAGUUCUCUCAAAAACCGGUCAGUUGUUUCAAGUAAUAUCAAGAAAGUUGGCAGUGAGCAAGAAGUUGAUCCAUCGGUUGAGAAGAUAUAUACAGUCUGCGAAGCUUCAUUCGAUUUUCUCUCUUGGAUGCCAAAACAAUGUAUAAGUUCCAAAUCAUUCUCUCUAUAUGCAACGUGUAUAUUAAACCUUGAAAGGUUUAUAGUUGGCGCUUUAUUAGGUGAUAAUGAUGAUCGUUCAUCGCAUGACCAUUAUAAGCUCUUACGGCUCUUUCUUUGCUGCCGAAGAACACUAAAAAACUUAAUGGUUACGUAUUGUGAAAAUAAUAUCGAAUCCAGUCAAAACUCACUUGGGGCCAUACACUUUGACGGCAAGUUUCCUGCUUUAUGGCUUUUAGAGUCGUUACACUCGGUGCAACAUGUGUUUUCAAAAGACGAAAACACCCAUGUGAACGAUCUGAUGUUUUCGCUCAUGGAUUACACAUCAUAUGUGUUUUUGACACUCACCAAGGGUAGUUUUGUCCAUGCAAGUCAUCAUCUUAUAUCCUCUAGGAAACCGUUCCAGCAGAAAACCGAACCCACAUUUGAUCAAGAAGAUAGUGUUGACGCAAGCAACUUUGUGAUACAUGUAGCCGAGGCGUUAAAAGAUCACGCACAAACCAUGCUUACUGAUAAAAGCGAAAAAACUUCUAGAAGCCGUCUUCUGAAGCUUUCUUCUAUUAUCGCUUGCUUUCAGGGAUUUUUGUGGGGCCUCUCAUCUUCUCUAUGCCACAUGGACGCACGUAAUAUUAAUUUAAAAGCCAUAUUUUUAAGAAGAGAGUUUAAGCCCAUUGACAAACUGAAACUCUGCAUCGAUACAUUCACAACUUUUGUACAGAAGUUUUUGUGUGAGUUGGUUCUGCAAGACGAUAAGCUACUUGAAGCUUCUAGAAGGUUCCAUAUAGAAGACGUGAAUAUGGGCUCGGUGCAUAUAAGCAACGUCCUUGUUAACAAACUUUUAGCCGGAGAAAACCUUGAAGAAGCGUAUUUCUUCCGACAGCUAUUUAUCGCAUAUUCCACCGUUCUCAAGUUGAAUUUACAAACGAAAACUUCAUUGUCAACAAAUUUGGUUAAUAUAUUUAUAGGAAUGGCAGAAUUUUUGUUAUUGGAGUACUCAAACAAGCCAGAAACACCGCCAGAGUUUACGUUCGUGUUCUUAGAUGGGAUUGGGAAGUUUCUAGAAGAACUGGCGAAUCAUCUUAGUUCAACGAAUCCUACUUUGUCCACAAACGUUUACGAAAAGUUGGUUAAUUUGCACUUGAAGGCUCUCGGGAAAUGUAUUUCGUUACAACAAAAACGAGCUACUUUGGAAUCUCAUGAGACUGAAAGUACAAAGACGGUGAAUGAUCCUGAAUUUGCGUAUUCUAGCUUAGAUGAUUUCAAAAGCAGGUUAAGGUUGUCGUUUAAGGUUUAUGUCAGCAAACCAUCGGAGUUGUACGUAUCUUCCGCAGUGCAGUCUAUUAAAAAAGCCCUGAUUGGGCUGCAGGAAGGCUGCAUGGCGAACUAUCAAAUACGUACCGGAAGUUCGGGUGGUGGGAACGUUACUUCAGUUGUUGCAGCUGGAAUUGAUUGUUUAGAUGUCGUUCUUGAAGCCAUUACUGGGCGAAAGGGCCUGAGCACGGUCAAAACAGAUAUCUUGGGUUCCGUGUGUUGCCUCUUCAACAUAAUAUAUCAUUUACAAAGCCCACAAAUCUUCUACAAACACCCCGUUUCUACUACGCAUAACCGUGUGGAUCCUGAUCCAGGAUCUGUUGUGCUUAUGUGUAUUGAAGUACUUACAAAAGUGUCGGGAAAACAUGCGCUUUAUCAAAUGGAUGCAUGCCAUGUGGCACAAGCGCUUAGUAUUCCAUCUACACUUUUCCAAAAUAUUUUCCAGCUCACAACCUCUAAAGAUACGAGUGACGACAAGCUUCUAGAUCGACAGUAUUCGAUUGAAUUAUAUGCGGCGUGUUGCAGGAUGCUGUACACUUUUCUCAGGCAUCACAAAAGGGAAAGUGUUCAGCACAUUGCACUACUUCAAGCUUCUGUUUCUGUUCUUCUUCAUUGUUUGGAAAUGGUAAACAAAGCGGAAACCGUACAAGAAAGCUAUUUGGUAUGGGGACUACAAGAGGGCGUAAAAUGUGGUGCGUUCCUCAGAAGAAUUUACGAAGAGAUACGACAACAGAAAGAUGUUAUUGGGCAGGAUCGUCGCCUGUUUUUAUCAAGUUACAUAGUGGUGUAUUCAGGAUAUGGUCCUCUGAAAGCUGGCAUCCGGAGGGAGAUAGAUGAAGCUUUGAGACCAGGUGUUUAUGCUCUAAUAGAUGCUUGCUCACCCGAUGAUCUACAAUACCUUCAUACUGUUUUAGGAGAGGGUCCUUGCAGAAACACUUUAGCAAAUCUUCAACAUGAUUACAAAAUAAAUUUCCAGUAUGAAGGAAAGGUGUAACCAAAUGGUAUCUUUUUACACCCGUGCUACGUUUAUUAAUCUCAAAAUUCAACCCGGUUUGUGGCUUAUUGUAUUUUGGCAAGACGACGUUUUCUCCCCCCACCAGUAGAACUCGUUAACCCGUGAAGACAUGGGAUGCUGAGUGUUCUGAUGCAAAUCUACAAGUUUUUCCUGGUUUCUACAGAACAUUUUGUAUCAGAAUUUUGAAUUUUGUAGGGAUAUUUAUGCACAUCUAAAUUCAUUUUUGAUUAGGUUUGUUUCGCUUAGGUCAAUGACCCGUGUUUAGUGUUUUGCCAAUAGAUUAUUUUGGUUUUUAAAUACUAGAAGAUUGUUACUUUUGACCCAAA